AUGGCGGAUUACAACUUUGGAGGCUCCGAGGAGGAGAACGCAGAGCUUAAGAAGCUAGAAACUGAGCUGCUCGAUGAUCCGGAUAAUUUCGAGAGCUGGGAACGACUUGUUCGUGGUGCAGAGGCUCUGGAGGGAGGUGUAAACCGAAACUCCAACCCGCAAGCGAUCACCACGGUGCGCAACGCCUACGACCGGUUCCUCGCCAAAUUCCCGUUAUUGUUUGGAUACUGGAAGAAAUAUGCCGACCUGGAAUUCUCCAUCACUGGAACUGAGGCGGCGGAUAUGGUGUACGAGCGAGGCAUUGCGAGCAUUUCUUCCUCCGUUGAUCUAUGGACCAACUACUGCACCUUCAAAGCGGAGACAUCUCACGACACAGACAUCAUCAGAGAGCUCUUUGAGCGCGGAGCGAACUGUGUCGGGUUAGAUUUCCUGUCACACCCGUUCUGGGAUAAAUAUAUCGAGUACGAGGAACGAGUCGAGGCCUUUGACAAGAUUUUCGGGAUCCUAGGCCGCGUCAUUGAGAUUCCGAUGCACCAGUAUGCUCGCUACUUUGAGCGCUACAGACAGCUCGCGCAGAUGCGUCCUUUGGCGGAGCUGGCAUCUCACGAUCUCUUGUCACAGUUCCGUGCUGAACUGGACGCCGCCGCAGGACAGGUUCCUCCUGGUGCAAAGGCUGAUGCUGAAAUCGAGCGCGACUUGCGUCUUCGUGUCGACAGUCAUCAUCUCGAAAUUUUCUCCACGACACAGACCGAGACUACGAAACGCUGGACAUACGAAUCAGAAAUAAAGCGCCCGUACUUCCAUGUCACAGAACUGGACGAAGGCCAACUGGUCAACUGGAGAAAGUAUCUCGACUUUGAAGAGACUGAAGGCUCCUACUCACGAACACAGUUCUUGUAUGAACGAUGCCUCGUGACGUGCGCGCAUUACGAUGAGUUCUGGCAGCGUUAUGCUAGAUGGAUGUCUGCUCAGCCUGGGAAGGAAGAGGAAGUGCGCAACAUCUACCAGCGCGCAAGCUAUCUAUAUGUUCCAAUCGCCAACCCAGCAACCCGCCUACAGUAUGCCUACUUUGAAGAGAUGUCUGGGCGAGUGAGUGUGGCCAAGGAAAUCCAUGAAGCUAUUCUCAUCAACAUCCCCGACCACGUCGAAACAAUUGUCUCGCUAGCCAAUGUAUGCCGUCGUCAUGGGGGUCUUGAUUCCGGCAUCGAAGUGUACAAAACUCAAUUGGAUUCUCCACAAACGGACCUGAGCACCAAGGCCGCCCUUGUGGCUGAAUGGGCUCGGUUACUGUGGAAGAUCAAGGGCUCGGCCGAGGAGGCUCGCCAAGUUUUCCAGUCCAACCAGCAAUUCUACUGGGGCAGCCAACCGUUCUGGAAGAGCUACCUCACAUUCGAGCUGGACCAACCUACAAGCGCCGCAACAGAGGAAGCUCAAUAUGAGCGGAUAAAGCAAGUGGUUGAGGAUAUCCGGUCGAAGAGCGCACUCUCGACAGACGUUGCCAAGGAGCUCGUUCAGAUCUAUAUGGUGUACCUGCUUGAACGCGGUACCCAAGAUGCUGCAAAGGAAUACAUGACACUUGACAGGGAAGUUCAUGGUCCCGCGUCUGUCUGUAAGGCGAAAACUGGAGGCACAGAGCCAACUCCUCAAGCCGUACACCAGGAUGCUACUCCCGUGACCCCCGCCGCUCCCGUCGUCCCCGUCGCUCCCGUUGCACCAGUCGCUGCUGCACCCCAAGCCAAUCCGUACAACUACUACCAGCAACAGAGUCCCGUUAACGGCGGUUUCCCGAACCCCCAGGCUUGA